AUAAGUAACUAGAUCAACUCUACAUCUCUCUCCCGACAAGACACUAAACUGAAAGAGAAACAGAGAGAAACACAGAGGCCCUGAUAAGUAAAAAGACACAUAACUGAGAAUAAUGGGUUGUGUUCGAUGUAAAUCACCAGAUACUUCUGACAGUGCUGGAUCAUUAGUCGCCAGCGGCCAGAGUUGGAAGAAGCUGGAGAGGAAGAAGAGCAAUGUCUUGCUGGAAGGUUACGUGGAGACUCUUGCCACGCUGGAUAAUCAGGAUGAUCUGCCAAGAGCCAAGAGCUUGACUGAUGACGAUCUUGAAGAUCUCAAGGGUUGUCUUGAUCUUGGUUUUGGGUUCAGCUACGACGAGAUCCCUGAGCUCUGCAACACUCUACCUGCUUUAGAGCUUUGCUAUUCCAUGAGCCAAAGAUUCUCUGACGAUAAGCAGAACAACAACAGGUCACCAGAAAGUUCCUCGGUGGACCAUUCUCCCUCUCCUCCAAUCGCCAACUGGAAGAUAUCUAGCCCUGGUGACAAUCCGGAUGAUGUGAAAGCUAGGCUCAAGUACUGGGCACAAGCCGUUGCCUGUACUGUCCAAUUAUGCAGCUGAACGUAUCAUUAUCACGUCUGAAUAUUAUCCAGCUGAGGAGGAGAUCUCAGGAAGGCAUUGGAAGGUCUGGAAAUUGACAAUUAUCUACUGUGAUUCUUGACUACAAUUACCAUGUAUGUUAGUCUAAUUAUUUUAAUGAACGGAGAUAAAGGUAUACUGAAUAAAAAAAUAUCAAAUUCCUUUGUUAUAUCCCUGCUAGUCUCAACUUUUGAGAGCUUAACACCUGACAUCUAAACAGCCGGAUUCUUGUCCUUUCUGCUU